AUGAAUGGGAGAGGAGACGAGAUUGAUAAGAAAGAAGUUCUGAUCCCAGUGUGCAAUGGCUGCAAACAGCAGCUUUCUUGGCUCCAAACAGGCAUUCAAGGUGCCUUUGGAAAGCCCCAGGGCACUGUGGCCAGGGUUCACAUUGGCCAAGUUAAGUCCAUCUGCACCAAGCUGCAGGACAAGGAGCAUGUGAUUGAGGCACCAUGCAGGGCCAAGUUCAAGUUCCCUGGCCGCCAGAAGAUCCACAUCUCCAAGAAGUGGGGCUUUACCAAGUUCAAUGUGGAUGAAUGUGAAGACAUGGUGGCUGAGAAGCAGCUCAUCCCAGAUGGCUGCAGGGUCAAGGACAUCCCCAAUCAUGGCCCUCUGGACAAGUGGCAGGUCUGGUACUGGUGAGGGCUUCCACUGCGCUGCUCCCCACCCCCCACCUUUUUUUUUGAGACAAAGCC